AUCGUGCGCGAGCCGAGCCUCCGGGCGGCUCCUAUAGGAGGAGCCGGGACGAGGGGGGGCGUGACCUAGGCGCUUUUAUCGCGGCCGCUGCUUAUUGUUAUUAUUACUGGUACUAGUACCCAGCGGCGCCGGGAGAUGGCCAGGUGCUGAGAGGGAGCUCUCCCUCCGCCCCGGACUCGGAGGCGAAGCGGGCAUCUUCUGCGAGAUGAAGGAGCCUCCUGUGGCCGCGGGGGGAGCAGCGCCAGGGGCUUUCCCCGGGCGAGCGUGACCUUUCGAAUUUGGGGGUGGUGGGGCAGUUUUUAUUUUUGAGGGGGGCGAGAAGGGAGAACCCCCCCACCCCAAAUCCUGCCGCUUCAAGUCUUUCCUCAGAGGAACAGCGCGGCGAGGCGAGCUGUCUCUUCGCAGUGGGAUGUUCUCAACAUUGCGUUCAUGCUGGCAUCUUUGGCUUGGAUACACCAUCAAAGCAGUACCCAUCUUUACUACUAAUAACUGAACAAAGAAUGAGGAGAUUUGUCUACUGCAAGGUGGUUCUUGCCACUUCUCUGAUGUGGGUGCUUGUGGAUGUCUUUCUGCUUUUAUACUUCAGUGAAUGUAACAAAUGUGAUGACAAGAAAGAGAGAUCCCUGCUGCCUGCUUUAAGGGCUGUUAUGUCAAGAAGCCAAGAAGGACCUGGAGAGAUGGGAAAGGCAGUUGUCAUCCCCAAAGAUGAUCAGGAAAAAAUGAAAGAACUCUUUAAAAUCAACCAGUUUAAUCUUAUGGCCAGUGACAUGAUUGCAUUCAACAGAAGUUUGCCUGAUGUAAGACUAGAGGGAUGCAAGACAAAAGUCUACCCUGAUGAACUACCAAACACAAGUGUGGUCAUAGUAUUUCAUAAUGAAGCCUGGAGCACUCUGCUUCGUACUAUUUACAGUGUUAUAAAUCGGUCUCCACACUAUCUACUUUCUGAGAUUAUCUUGGUAGACGACGCCAGUGAAAGAGAUUUUCUGAAGGUCCCAUUAGAGAAUUAUGUGAAAAGUUUGCAAGUGCCAGUAAAAAUCAUUAGGAUGGAACAGCGAUCAGGACUCAUCCGAGCUCGGCUUAGAGGAGCAGCAGCUUCCAAGGGCCAAGUCAUAACUUUUCUGGAUGCACACUGUGAAUGCACUUUAGGCUGGCUGGAGCCCCUGCUGGCAAGAAUCAAGGAAGACAGAAAGAUUGUUGUUUGCCCAAUUAUUGAUGUGAUCAGCGAUGACACUUUUGAGUAUAUGGCUGGGUCAGACAUGACUUACGGAGGAUUUAACUGGAAACUUAAUUUUCGUUGGUAUCCUGUUCCCCAGAGAGAGAUGGACAGAAGAAAAGGAGACAGAACAUUGCCAGUGAGGACCCCUACUAUGGCUGGUGGCCUAUUUUCUAUUGACAGAAACUACUUUGAAGAGAUAGGAACUUACGAUGCAGGAAUGGAUAUCUGGGGUGGAGAGAAUCUUGAAAUGUCUUUUAGGAUCUGGCAGUGUGGAGGCUCAUUGGAGAUUGUAACAUGUUCACAUGUUGGUCACGUCUUUCGAAAAGCUACGCCUUAUACAUUUCCUGGGGGUACCGGUCAUGUAAUUAACAAGAACAAUAGACGGCUUGCAGAAGUAUGGAUGGAUGAAUUUAAAGAUUUCUUCUAUAUAAUAUCCCCAGGAGUUGUCAAAGUGGAUUAUGGAGACGUAUCAGUCAGAAAAGCAUUGAGAGAGAACUUAAAAUGCAAACCGUUUUCAUGGUACCUAGAAAAUGUCUAUCCAGACUCCCAGAUUCCCCGACGAUAUUACUCCCUUGGAGAGAUCAGAAAUGUUGAGACGAACCAGUGCUUAGAUAACAUGGGACGCAAGGAAAAUGAAAAAGUUGGCAUAUUCAACUGCCACGGUAUGGGAGGAAACCAGGUAUUUUCAUACACAGCUGACAAGGAGAUUCGUACAGAUGAUUUGUGUUUGGAUGUGUCUAGACUCAAUGGUCCUGUGAUCAUGUUAAAGUGCCACCACAUGAGAGGAAACCAACUUUGGGAGUAUGAUGCUGAGGAGCUGAAAGGCAGCCUAGAAAAUCCUCGACUUACCUUGAGGCACGUCAACAGCAACCAAUGUCUCGACGAACCCUCUGAAGACGAUAAAAUGGUUCCCACCAUGAAAGACUGCAGUGAAAGCCGAUCUCAGCAGUGGCUGCUCCGGAAUAUGACCUUGGGUGCCUAAAAGCCGCAAAAGACUCGCUGUGUUUCCUCGCCAGGCCUCGCAAGGCUCUAGACCUCUUGCACUUCACACAGUUUGAUCGAACAGAAGUCUUUUCCUCUUCCCAUGUUAUCGGUGAAGUGAAAGGUUUUGAAUGCUCGGUGAAAAGCCCAUCUGCUUUUUAAUUGCUUAAAGCAUGUUUGCACUUUUCCCUUCAGAAUUUUUAUCUUUUAUUUUUUACUCAUUCAGCUAAACACACAAGCGCUCUGCAUACCGUUAAACAUAUGCUAUGAUCAAGACACGGUAUUCUUGAGGAAAAAUCAGACUCGCGGAAAGCAUUACAAAGCUGAACUCCAAGGUUUUGUGGGGAGUGGGCUUACUGUUGGUUCUGUCAUGUAACGUUGCUUGAAAGUGACCAUGUUAAAUGCCUUAUGAAACCCACUUGUAUCGUGAGAGAUUAUAUCUUUUAUUUAUUAAGUCGAUGUGCUUGUACUGGCCCCUUCAUGGCAGCAAAGGAAGAAUUAGUUUUUAAUCUGCUGCCGGCCGUAACCAGCAGAUAGCUCAGCUGAAAGAAUUUCUGAGCAGUAAAUUUACUGUAUAUAAUGGGUGUCUUUCAUGUAUAAUACUGGGGGGGGGGGGAUGUGGCAUUGCUGUUCUUGAAACGCCUUUGGAAUAUCGGCAAAACUAAAUGAAGGCUAUAUGCCGGCAGAUGGGAGGUAAAAUUGAAAUCACAGCAAAAGGUAAUACAAUGAAACUGAAUUCAUAUCGUCCACAGAUAGCAUACACUCUUGGCAAAGCAUAAGCCUUUGUGAAGCAUAGUAAUGCCUCUGGCCAAUUCCCACGAACUCCCAUUAAUGGUGCAACUAUAAGAGGUAGCAAAACUUGAUCAUCUUGAGUUGGAGUGAAACUCUUGAAACUUGUUCUUUAAAAAUGUCAAGAGCAGGUUUAUGCUAGGCACUUUACUGGAGUUCAAGUUAAUCUUCGUUGCAUUAACUGUCCACUUUUCCAUAUUGAUUAUAUUUAUUAUUUUGAAAGAUUGCUUUUGGUGUUGCAGCAGAUUAAGCAUACGUACAGCUCCACCUAAAAACGUCAAAGCUUCCACCUAUUAAUACGUCUAGUUGAAUGGUUUUAUAUAUAACCGUAAUAGAAACAUGACUAAUUAAAAAGCAUAUCUAAUAAGCUUAUGACCUGUAACGUAGCCACAUUGGGAGCCGAGUUUGCUCAGGAGGUGGUUAAACUAUAAAUAAUAAUAUUUUAAUUAAAAAGAGGGGUAAUUGUAUGGCAUAACUCUAUACCUAUAUGUAAGUGGGAACACAUUGGGCUAACAUUUGACUCUUCAGUGGUUCCAGUAUUAGGUCUAUAAGGAGCAAUAUUGAGUCUAGGGAUGGGUGUGUGCUAUAGUUAGAUUUACAGACUCCUUGUAUGUCAGGGCCAUUUGCCAUGUCAAAGUAUUGUGCUUUAUUGAAUUGUAUGAAUUUGUCCACAUUGCUUCCCCAAUACCCUGGAGAGCUUGGCUAGCCCUAUUGCUUUCACAUUGCCACAACACCUUGGACCUUAGGAGUCAGAUAGAGCCUGUUUCUCUGAAUGAGACCUGAUACACUGUGUUUCCCUUUCAUAUAUAUCACCUGCCUGGAGUUUGAAUAUGCAUAUUUCUCUUAUCCAUCCACCCAUAGAAGUGUUCUAAGCUGCUACCAUAUCAGUAUACUAGAGCUCCAAACAGGCUGUCAAGAGCCCAGCAGAGUCAGAGGUGAAAAAUAGGGUGUAAAUAGACCAGUGAUCAGGUUCGAAAAGAAGUAGGCAAUGAUCCUGUCAGCCCAGAAGCAGGUAUAGAAUAGCUGGUGUUCAGAUAUCACACAUAAAACUAUAUAGGAAGUUGCCUUAUAGUAAAGUCAGACCAUUGGGCCAACUAGCUCUGCACUGUCUAUACAGACGGACAGCAGCUCUCCAGGGUUUAUAGGGAUAUUCCCAGACCUACCUGGAGAUGGGGAAUGAAGCUGGAGCUGCCUUUUUCAUACAAGGCAGAUGCUCUACCACUAAGCUACAGGGCUUCCCAUAACAAGACUAGUUAGUUAAUAGAGUUAAUGUAAAUAGGCUGUAUCGGCUUGGCUGAUGCCAGCCAGAUGCCGGAUGAGGCAAGGCAGGAUUCUGAUUAGCACCUUAUAUGAUGGACAAGUUGCCCAGAUGUAAAGAGCCUAGGACAGUUCUUAAAUAAAGGCUGUGGCAUCCUUACUGGCUCCCCUGGUCACCCUCCUACAACUGCCAGUGUAGUGCUGGGGAAGAGUGAGGUUUUGGACACCUAGCCCCUCUCUCUAUACAACAUGUUAUCUGGAACUUGGGAAACUAUAAGGUUCUCUGUAAGGGCCUUGGCCCAUUGGAGGAACGCCCAAGUUUUUAUCAGUGAGCAGAGCACUGAUGGAAAUAAACCUUUGCUAAGAGUCCAUAUGAUUCUUAUUUUGGUAUUUGAAGAAGUGCCUCUCUUUCUGUCAGAGAGAAAUCUCUCAGCACCACCUGAUAAGUCAUCUCUAUGCAUAAGAAAGUAAGAAAAGCCUGCUGGAUCAGGCCAGUGACCCAUCUAGUCCAGCAUCCUGUUCUCCCUGUAGCCAACCACAUGCCUGUGGGAAACCCUCAUUCUCCCCUCCUGAUGUUUCCAGCAACUGAUAUUCAGAAGGAUUCUGUCUUCGACCAUGGAGGCAGAGAAUAGCCAGUGUGGCUAGUCAGCAUGGAUAAGCCUUUACUGCCAGGAAUUUGUCAAAUUCUCUUUUAAGGGCAUCCAAGCUGGUGGCCAUCACUGCCACCAGUGAAGGGCAUGAUUUGGGACUUCUCGUUUUAAGCUACAUGUCCGUUUGAACCACAGUUUUUAAUAGCAAGAGUAACAGUUCAGUUCACUUGCCAGCCCUGGCUGGUGUCUACUGAGGAAUAAAAGUUGGUUACCUGGUUGAGCAGGCAAGAUUUUAAUCAAGCAGCCCAGAGCACAGUGGUUCUGUGCAGCAUGGUUCUGUUUCACUUUUGCCCAGUGGUCCCCACUGGUGGAAUUCUGGAGAUAAUGAAUUGUACAAUAAUCUGGCAGGAAUUGUCAGAUUCUUAAGCAGGCAAGCCAAGGCAUUGCCAAAAUCAGUCCGAAGUACAAGCCCAAACAGAGGUGCUCUGUGUGGUUAUAUAUUCAGCUUUCUAGGUCCAAUGUGUCGUCUUGCACUGGGCUAGAAUAUAAAGGCAAUGCAUCCCCAGUUUUCAUGUGGUCAAAAGUCCUGUUUUGCAAUUACUGUAUGUCAGUAGUCUCUGAAUCUAUGAGAUCCUCAUUGGGUGGCUAAGUAUGUGGACCUAGGUUCUAGGUUCCUCAGUUGCCGUCAGGUAUGUGUGCUGGGCAGAAUCAAGGUUCAGGUGAUCCAGUCCUCCUCCUAGUAAGCUGGCCUACUGGACUUUGGUGCCAGAUUUUCUGGUUCAUGCUCAAUGGCAUUUUACAGUGGGAGACCUUGGUCAGGCACAGUGUCCCUUGUCCUUCACUGAUCCCACAGCAUCCUUUGAGGAGGAGCUCCUCCUGCUUUUCACUAUUGUGGUAUCUGUGACCAAACAGUUUGAUAGGAGAGCAGGAACCGCCAGCUGUUCAGUGUCACCAACAGAUCAAACUGCUGCAAAACAAAGUAAAAUGGGUCUGUUCAAGUUGAAGGUAGUCGAGCCAAGAUAAAGAACCUACACCUUCUUUGUGAAUAAGAAAGCAACAAUGAACCUAACCGACCUAGCCAGUCACUGCAAUCCUGUGCACACUUACAAGGGAGUGAAUGCCACCAAACACAGUGAAACUUACAUCUGAGUGAAUAUGCAUAGAUUGCACUGUACCAUGAAUGAGCAGAAUCUAAAGCUAUCUGCUACAAUUUAAAAUGGCAUUGUCACACAAACAAUGCUAUUUCAAAGAAUUAAGGGCAUGCCACCAGACAAUAGGAAAGUAAGUUCACCAGAGGUUCAACUUGAGUGCAGUUGCUGGCCAUCUCUCUUGCUAUUUCCCCUUCUCUGCUUGAGGGGGGGGGGGAAUCUCACCUUAGGGGAAGAAAAAGAGGUUGCAGUUGGUGGAAUGGAUGGAUGAUGAUGGAAGAAGCUUACUGGACCUCACCUGCAAUGGGAAAUGAUGUCCAAUGAGAAAUGAUGUCCAGAGAGCCUCAUUUCCCAACAGUCCCAAUGGGCCUUCUUCAUUGCAUUUAUAUCUCACUUCCCCAACUUGUGACUUCUUUCUCUGUUAGGGGGAGGGGCAAGAGUAGCGGGCAAUGAAAGGCAGGGUGAGGCAUGAGCAGGAUCAAGACAAGGUGCCGCCUUGAGGUACUGAUCUUUAUUCUGCUUGCUGCUAAUUUUAGCCAGGAUGCCCACCAAGCUGAACUCAUUGCUCUCCCCAUUCUUGCUGAAAAGUGAGUAUUAAACUGACAACUUAAAAGUUCCCACCACAGUUCUGCUAUUAUAUUCCUGUGUGGCCUUGGCAAACUGUUUAGGCUGAAAGUGGAGUAUGGCGUUUGUUAUGUUUUAUGUGUGGUGCCCUCUCUGUGUUUAGAAGACAAAUACAGAAUUCACUGUUUGGGCAUUUAAAUGAAACUCAGUGCCCAUGUUUUAGGUCAAGGACUUUAUGGUAUCAACAAGUUGUGGGUUCAAUAUUAAAGCUGUUUUUGAAAAAUGUAGAACUCGAUUUAUCUUCGUUUCCCCAUCUGUAAAAUGGGGCCAGUUGUUCCUGAUUUUCACAGGGGUGUACUGAGGGCUAAAUAAUAUUUGUAUAUAGCUUUUGAAAUGUAAAAUAAUAAUUAUUAUUAUCAUUCAGAAAUGCUCUAACAAACCUCACAGUUCUUGGUUACAGUCAUAGAACGACAGAGGAACACAAAGCUUAUAGAGGAAUAUAUGAAAUGUGACUAUUCUGAAGGCAAGAACAGUAUUAUAAACAAGGCAAGAGUAUUAAAGUCCCUUAUCCUGGGCAACCUUAUGAAUUACUUGAAGAAGGUGGAAUGGGUGUGUAAAUUAUGAGCCAGUGGUAAUGAACUCACUUUGUCUUCAAAGACAGCUUCUAGACUGUUGAGACCCAAGAAUGGUAUUUUUUAUCUAAUUGCAAACUAGUUAGGUAGCCUUUCAAAAAGAGAUUAGUACUGUACUCUAACAAACACAGUCCAGUAUUUUCUUUUACUUGAAAGUAAUGAAGAUCAUAUCUGAUCAUAUAAAUUUUAGUUGCAUCUCAUUUGUAGAUGCUAAAUACAGUCUCAAAUGAGGCAAAAAUACUGUUGAAGGUGCUGAAGUGCAAAGCUAUGAAUUAGGCUAUAAUGGUUUAGGGAGGAAAUUUGAAGUAGGAUUUCACAAUGUCGCUGUCUUCUAAGUCCUUCUGCAUCGUAAUAGUCUUUGGACACAUCUGCCAUUUCCAGCAGGACAUCAGAAUUGUAAUUAACUGUUGUGACAGCUACGGUUUGAGAAUUCCAAGUGUAUUCUCUCUCACACACACACAUACACACUUGCAUUUCAAUGUAUGGAAUAGAUUAAACAUCUGCUGCUAUUACUGUACAGCAUAUGAACACAUCUGGUGAGAUUACACCACUUCUAAACUGCUACUAAAUAUAAGCGACUGUUUGAUCUCAAGGUGUUGAAUGAACACCAGCAAUGUGUUUUCUUUUUUAAAUUAGGUUAUGUGAAUUAUUAGUGUUAAAAGUGUUUUCAAACAUUCACACAUUCUCCUGGAAUCCCAGUUUCGUCAUUUCAAAUACAAGGGAGUCGUCUUUUGCCCCUGAGACAGCAGGUGGCCAGGGCAGCUGAUAAGUCUGCAUCUUUGCAGCGGGGACCAGACUCAAUGUAUCUAUCCAGUGAUGGCCAAACUUGGCCCUCCAGCUGUUUUGGGACUACAACCCCCAUAAUACCUAGCUAAACAGGACCAGUGGUCAGGGAUGAUGGGAAUUGUAGUCCCCAAACAGCUGGAGGGCCAGGUUUGGCCAUCACGGAUCUAGGCCAUUCAAUACAUGACAUGCAGGCAAAUCCAAGUUUAGCUUAAGUAUACCAGUAUGGGAAGUCCCAGCCUCCUGAUGAGUAUACUUGUAUGGUAUGCAUGUUUGCAAACAUUUGUCACACCCACAUAGCUUUACGUGUAUAUGUAAGACAUCUCAAUUUGUGUAACUAAAAAGCAUAAUUUAUGAAGUGGCCCUUUAAGACAAUGGUGGACUUUGCAGUUUUUUGUUUUUUUAAAAAACAAAAUAUUAUUAUUUCCCAUGUUCGAAGGAACCUGCGUCUGAGGAAUUGCUCAUAAAGCUUCUUGAAAUGUUGGAACGCAAAUACAUAUUUCAUAUGUACGAGUGGGCAGUGGAUUAAGAAUUACACCAUUUUAAAUGUUGUAACAGUUAUUAAAUGUUAACUCUGCUGUAAAUUUUAAAUAUUUAUACAUUUUGUAGAAAUAAAAUAUGCCAGUUUAGUUUUA